AUGGAAGUUGAUAAUGAAGCAAGAAAAGUAUUGUUAGAUAACGGAAUUAGAUCUCAAUUUCUUGAUUUAUUUGCAUCAGCGGGCUUUCUUACUCGUGAAAAGCUUACUGCGACUCCUCCAAUGACAAUUUCUUUCCAAACUCAUGUUCCUUUGAACAUCUGUAACGAUGCAGCAGACAUAUUAGCAAAAGCAAUUGCUCCCGAAGUUAAAAUUGUUGAAGAAGAAGACAUAGGAGUUUUAUUUCACGAUGAUAUACUUGACAAUCUUAUUAAAAUACCUAAAAAUGGUAUUAUCGAAUUUACUGGCCCAGCUGGAUGCGGAAAAUCCAAUAUUAUUUACCAUUUAUUAAUCAAUCAGAUCAUCUCAGAUCCAGAAAGAAGAGUAGUCUUAAUUAGUACAGAAGGACAUGUUCCUACUCAAAGACUUCACAAAAUUGCCGAAAUGAGAGGUCUAGACCCAGAAGAAGUCUUGUCAAUGAUAUUAAUCAAAGAAGCAACAGAAGUUGUCGAGUUUAACCAAAUAAUUAACGUAACAUUACCUCAACUAUUCUCUACAUGUGUUCCUCCUCCUUCAAUUGUUGCUAUUGACUCCAUUGCAGCGCUAUUUCGUUCUGAAUUCGACAUGAAUGCGGCCAAACAACGCGCACAGAUGUUAUUUGAUAUGUCAACAAUACUUAAAUGGAUCUCUGCUUCUUAUAACUGCUUAAUAUUCACAACAAACCAAGUUACAGCGAACAUGGGUCCUUUUACAACCCAAGAAUGGGUUCCUUCACUCGGCCUUGCAUGGUCGAACUGUGUAAACAUGCGCGUAAGGGUUACAAAGAGUUCUAUGAAGAGAGAUAUACAAGAAGAAGUUCCAACAGCUUAUGGAAGAAAUUCGGAGUCAAAAACCGUUACUUUGAGGACAAUGUACGUUGAAAUAUCUCCCAGAGCUCAAGAUGUGAAAGCUACAUUCUAUAUUUCCGAUUCUGGAGUUCAUGGAGCUUAA